UAUGGAUCAGAUGUCUGGCAGCGACGUCGGCAGCGACGAGGAGGAGGAGGACGUCAAGACUCGCCAGGUGCUGCGGAGGCUGCAGGUCGGCCAGUACAUCUCCUACUUCGCCAAGGAGGUCUACAGGUGCCCCUUCUGCACCAGGAGACUCGGCGCCACGGACUUCAACUGCCUCGUCACGCAUGCUGAGAACAUCAGCACCACCUUCCCCAAGGUCGGCACGACGGUGAACGUCCACUCCUUCCGCGCCAAGCACAGGGCGCUCGGCAUGCACCUCCGCAGCUUGCAGCGGGUGGAGAUCUCCGCCGGGCGCAUGCCUCCGCUCAAGCCCAAGGCUCCCAAGGGGAGCAAGAGCAACAAGUGGAGGCAGAGCCAGAUGGGGUAGGCGGAGUCCUGGACGUGUGCUGCUGCUGCUGCCUCCUAGUUUGUUGUUGGGAUCCCUUUGUUGUUAGCUAGGGAUCCCUUGUUGUUAUGUUAGUAUGAUGGUGCUG